AGGAAGCACGGAUCGGAGAGCAGAGCUUCUGAUUCUGGGAACCAGUCGAUCUCCGAGCACGCAGUCAAGGUGUCGUUAGUUAGAGCCUCCCUUUGUACUGUAGACUGAAUAGCGAGCGUUGAGGUGUCAGUAGGGACACCUUAGACGUAUAAAUAGGUGUCAUGGAUUUCGCUUUAUUCUUUCCUGCUUGCCUGCUAUUCUGGAUCAGGGUAGUGGCUUCCCACGUGGCACCACCAGAAAAUGUGACUCUGGACUGCCGCAAUUUCCGCAACAUGCUGAAGUGGAGCUACCCUGAAAACACACCUGGGCUUAAAUUUAAAGUCAAUAUUGGAUCAUAUCAAAAUUCUCAUCUUGUCUCCCUGGUGGAGACAAAAGCUCUACAUGCCGAUGUGUCAUUCUUGAAUGACCCCAGCGAUGGCUAUUUUCUUACUGUAACUGCUGUGGUUGGUGGCAAUAGAUCUGUAGAUGCCCCAUCAGAUGAUGGAAUCACCUUCAGCUAUUACCAGGAUAAUGACGUUCAGCAGAAAUGUUCUUUGGAUCUCUCACCGGUAAACGUCACUCUCCAGCGAGAUAACAAGGUCCAGAUCAGCUUUGUGCAUCCCUUUUUGUUUCAUCGCCAACACCUGAAUAGUAGCACGAAAAAAUCUCAAAAGAAAAUUAACCAAGCAGAGAUCCCGGCUGUUAAUUUUAAAGUCACGAUUCUCAACCAGACGGGGAAACCCCAUUCUUUCACGUGUGAGGACAGAGUGUGUAACGAAGUACUGCCAGUAGAUGCUGCACAACAGAACCACUGUCUGAACAUCACCGGAGAAACAUUAAUGGGACCCCUGGUUAAACCCACACAACUUUACUGUGCAUUCAAAGAACCAUCGGCGAGCAAUUUCACCAUCGUCUACAUUGUGAGUGCUGUACUGGCUGUGGCUACGACUUGUUUGAUCGUCUUCAUGGCGUAUCAAAAAAUGACCAAGCCUUCAGUUUCUUUGUCCAAUUUUCUGGUAAUCAAUAAGUCACCAAUGUCCUCGCCCAUGGCUCCGCCCGAGCCGGUCUCUCUUAACAAUGUGGAGUGUGAAGCGGUACCUUCCUCGCCCACACCUCUGCUCUCACAGACAGAAGAGGAGGAUAAGACGGAAUUCACAUCUAGUUGUAAUUCUGAUGGUUAUGACAAGCGGUUUCCCAUUGGAGUGUCAUCUAAGAAUGGAGAUGUAUCUAAUGUCACACUGGAAGGGCAAGUGAAUGAGGAGGGUCCCGGUUACAUGGCAGGAAACUUGGACGAAGAUGAUGAGACAUCUUCGGCCAAUGAGUCCACCUCUGGUUAUGAGAAGCGUGGAACAGUGCUGGUGGAUUUGGGUCAAGAUGAAAUGGCUAAGGGCUACCGUGGCUGAAGGUAGAACAGCUGUCCCAAUCAGCUCUUGGCACAUUAGCAGAUGUAAAACGUUAGCAGCAUCUCACAUUUUUAAAAUGUGAGAUCUCAGUUUUGAAAGACUGACUUGGACUCUUGUUGCCUAAGAUACAUUUUUGGCUCACUCAUAUCCUCUACCCUUCUAGUUAUGCUUUAACUUGUAGACCAGUUUUGUUUAUUUAUUUUCUGUGUUUGGAUAUUGAGGGGACUUACCGUAUUUUUCGGACUAUAAGUCGCUCCGGAGUAUAGGUCGCACCAGCCAAAAAAUGCAUAAUAA